CUCAUUUGUCUGUGCUCAUUCGAUUGGUGAUUGUAGUUGCGCGAACGCUGUGUUGGUUUCAGGGGUUCGGAUUGUGUAGCGUUUUGGUUUUUUUUUUGUUUUAAAAGUAUUGAUUAAUGUAAUCAAUGAAAUUGUUACUAAGUGCGCAGCGGAGAAAAAUACAAUUUUUUAGCACAUUAUACUUACUCAGCAGCCUUAGUGUUUAUACUAUUGAAUGUGAAAAUUAAUUCAUUUUAAUAGAAUAAGGAAGAAAAUAUAAACUAAAAGUAGUUAAUAUAUAAUAAAUUUAAUAUUUUCACAUAAAAACAUGGAGCUUGUUUGUUUGCAUGAAACCACUACAUUUCUGGUGAAACAACUAUAGGCAGCGCAUACAUACUUAAAAAAAACAAAAACAAUAGUCGAUAAACAUCAGCGAUAAGAAAGCAGAGCCGCCGAUAUAUAAGACAAAAGGAUAAUACACACUGUUAUUCAAUAUAAAAAAUAGGAAUAACAUUUAAUGCAAGCAAACCUGACAUUUCCUUAAAUUUGGAUAAAAAGGUUUAAAAAUGUAUUAACGUAAUUAUUUUGAUGUAUCGUUAGUUUGUGAUCAAAAUUUAUGUUAAAUAUUUUAACAUUUAAUUGUGCUUUUUUAUAUGUAAUAACUUUAAGCAGAUUUAAAUAAUUAAGACAAAAUGUCGGCAGCCAUUGCUCAAAAAAAAACUGCUUCAAUAUAUUUGAAGAAUUCUGGUAUAUAUGAAUCGAAUAAAUUAAGUGAUAAAAACCAGAUUUACUCAAGAACGGCGGAUGUUGUUAACAUGCAGGAAUUUUUUGAUAAAAAAAAAACUGAUAAAGCAUUAGAUCUUAAGGAUAAUUUUGAGCUCAUUAAUUUUCAAGAAAACGAUCAAUAUCGUUAUCACAACCCAUUAACUCGCACAAUUUCACAACCACAACCACAACCUGACACAAAUAUUCUGUCAUAUAAAGCACAAAACAUUAAAUCUGCUGUUUCUUCAAUAAUUGAAAACUUUGAUGGAAUAAAUUUACACCGUAAGCUCGAGAGAACGCAGUCAGAACCAUUGCCUCAACAAGUGAAUGCUUCCAGGUAUAAAACUGAAUUAUGUCGUCCAUUUGAAGAAGCAGGUGAAUGUAAAUACGGAGAAAAAUGUCAAUUUGCUCAUGGUUAUCAUGAGUUACGAAAUUUACAACGUCACCCAAAAUAUAAAACAGAAUAUUGUCGGACAUUUCACAGCGUUGGAUUUUGCCCAUAUGGUCCUCGAUGUCAUUUUGUACAUAAUGCAGAUGAAGUCAGAGCACUACAGCAGCAACAGCAGCAAAAACAACAAUUUCAACAAUCAAACCAAACAAACUCCUCCAGUUUUAAUAACUGCUUCUCAUCUAGUUUUACUCAAGAACAGAAAUUGGGCACCAACAACUCAGCGGCUGCACUCCCACUAAGUCCACCAUUGAGCAUGUCAACAGGUUCCGACCGGGAAUCACCAACGGGUUCGCUUUCACUAAGUCCUACCAGCUCCAUAACUAAUUUUCCUUUUAACGAACAAAUUAGUUCAACAAAUUCAGUGCUUCAAACAACUUUUUCUAAUAUUAACACGCCGCCGGAUAGUCCAAGUGCUCCUAUAUCACCAGUAAAUACUUCGCCAAAAUGCUUUGUGAAUAUUGGUUCAUUACAAACUCAAGCAGCAGAAUUUCACGUUAUGCAAAAACAGAAUUUUAUUAAACCCGUUACUAUUCAAGGAAAACAACUUUUGCAAAAAAGUUCUAGCUCACCUAUUGCUAUCAUCAGAAAUGUAUGUGGAACUCCAACUGAAGUAAGCUCCAUUUCAUCGGUGAAUGUAACUGAUGAUGCACGUCUUCCAGUUUUCAAUCAAUUAAGUGCAACUAUUGAUAAUUUUACAAAUAUAUUGUAGCUCUAAAUUUGAACAAAUCUCAAAUGUAUACUUAUGGAUAUUUAUAUAUGUACUAUUUACAUAUACAUAUGUAAAGUAACUUUGUUGCACAUUACAUACACAUGCUAACGACAUGCUAUAUUAUAUACAUAUUAUUAUAUUACAGAAAACUGAAUGCGUAAAUUAUUUAAUUAUUUUUUAUUUAUAAAAACAUAUUUAUAUAUUUUUAGAUAAUCAUUAUAUUUAUUAAAUAUCUCAUCAGUAAUAAAUGGGAAAAGACGGGAUUGUUAUUUAUAGAAAAAUUAAAGUUUAUAUAAUCAUUGUUAUUAUUGCAUUUAUAUAUAUAAUUUAUGUUAUUCAGAAAAAAUUAUAACUUAAAAAUAUUUUUUAAAGUGAACAAAUGUAAUGAAAGAAUAAAAUACCUCCCGAUGUAGAAGUGAAUAGUUUAUUUUCGUAUUUGAUAUACAUAUAUAUAUAAAAAAUAAAAUAAUGUGAAAAGACAUCAAACUUUAAAAAGUAAUUAUGUGCAGUUAUAAUAUAAAUAUAUAACAAUGUUACUUUAUUUUACAAAUAAAUAUAAGAGAUAAAUGUAUUUAUUUACAA